UUCCCCUCAGCUGUGGGAGCUGUUUGGGGUUUUGCUCGUGUGUGGAGAGUUUGGGGGUGUUGCUCUUGGCUGCUGCUGCUACGGCUGAAGACGCUGCAGUUCGUGUGUGGGGCGUGCGCGUGUUUUAACGACCCCAAAACCACCACCACCACCACCAAACAAAAAGGUGGAAUGGAAUAAGCGCUCUUCUUGGUAAAGGAAAGAAGAAGGGGAAAGAAAGGAAAGGGACAAGAAAGCAAAGGAGGGAAGGGAAGAAGGAGCGAAGGGAAGAAUCCAAAGGGAGGGGGGAAGGAAGGAAGGAAGAAAAGCCAAAGAAGGAGGGAUAAAAAGAAAGGGAGAAAGAAAGCGCAGCCCAAGUUGCGCGAGGGGGAAGCUGGCGAGAGGGACCGCACCAGCGCGGCAGUAACCAGGAAGUCGGCCGUGCUUCGGAGGGAGAGGAGGGCGCCUGCGAGGCGAAGGAGGAAGCGCCCGAAGAGAAAGCAAAAGCCGCCCAGAGCAGCGCUGGCUGCAACUCUCUCUCCCGCUCUCGCUUAGGCGCAUCCUCCGCCUCCUUCUCCGCCGCCUCCUCCCGCGAUUCUCCCAGUUGGCUCCUGCCUUCUCCGCCGGGUGCUGCCGCCGCCGCCGCCGCUGCUGCCAUGGCCCAGGAGAACGGCGAGGACAGCUCCGCCUGGAAGAAGCAAGCCGACGACAUCAACAAGAUCUUCGAGUUCAAGGAGACCUUGGGGACUGGUGCAUUCUCUGAAGUAGUUUUGGCUGAAAACAGGACUACUGGAAAACUAUUUGCAGUCAAGUGCAUCCCAAAGAAAGCCCUGAAAGGAAAGGAAAGCAGCAUAGAGAAUGAAAUUGCAGUUCUCCGAAAGAUCAAGCAUGAAAAUAUCGUUGCACUGGAAGACAUCUAUGAGAGUCCAAACCACUUGUAUCUGGUUAUGCAACUAGUGUCUGGAGGUGAGCUGUUUGACCGCAUCGUCGAGAAAGGAUUUUACACCGAGAAAGAUGCAAGCACUCUGAUACGGCAGGUCUUAGAUGCUGUGUACUAUCUCCACAGAAUGGGCAUCGUUCACAGAGACCUCAAGCCAGAAAACUUGUUAUACUACAGCCAAGAUGAAGAAUCUAAAAUCAUGAUAAGUGAUUUUGGACUGUCGAAAAUGGAGGGUAAAGGCGACGUCAUGUCCACAGCUUGCGGCACCCCAGGCUAUGUUGCUCCUGAAGUCCUUGCCCAGAAACCCUACAGCAAAGCAGUGGACUGUUGGUCCAUUGGAGUUAUUGCAUAUAUUCUGCUCUGUGGGUAUCCUCCGUUCUAUGAUGAAAAUGACUCCAAGCUUUUUGAACAAAUCCUUAAGGCAGAAUAUGAAUUUGACUCUCCAUAUUGGGAUGAUAUCUCUGAAUCUGCUAAAGACUUUAUUCGGAAUUUGAUGGAGAAAGACCCCAAUAAACGGUAUACCUGUGAGCAGGCAGCCCGGCAUCCAUGGAUUGCUGGUGACACAGCCCUCAAUAAAAAUAUCCACGAAUCCGUCAGUGCUCAGAUUCGCAAGAACUUUGCAAAAAGCAAAUGGAGACAAGCUUUUAAUGCCACAGCAGUUGUGAGACACAUGAGAAAGUUACAUCUUGGCAGCAGUUUGGACAGUUCCAACGUUAGCGUGUCAAACUCCCUCAGCCUGGCCAACCCACGACCUGAUGGAACAGCCAGGAAAGAUUGUAUGUCCCCAUCCACUCUCUGUAGUUUUGCAUCAUCAGCUUCAUCCGGCGUUUCGGCUGUUGGCGAGAGGAGAUCAAGGCAGACCACAGUAACAACUGUGCACACAGGGACCAAGUGAUCCAAACACGCCCCCUCCUCAGGAAGAGGUCAGAGAUGGGGGAAAGUGCCCAGGUGGGCAAGGAGGCAGGCAGGCAAACCUUCUCCCGGGUGAUUUCAUCCUGCAUUGCAAACUCGGCGAAGGACUAGAAGAAAAGAAGGAUUUUUUUUAAUGGCCAUAUUUUAUACUGCAAUUCUGAAAUGUUGCAUUUAUCACAAACUGCAAUGACUCUAGGAGGGCGGGGAGGGAGAGAGUUGGGGAACAGAUCUAACAGUAUCUGGUACUGGGCCAGUGAAUCUAGGAAUGUUCUAACUAAUGGACACAUACAUUAGUUCCUCAGUGAUUUACUCUGUUCUCAGUGUAGGUAACAGUACAUGCUUUUUUCAUUAACUAAAGGUCUCAACUGGAUUAUUUAAAUAGAGGUAAUUUCCAAGCAUUAUUAAUUUUUGUUUUCUUUUUUCCCAUAUCUCCAGCUUUGUGGGUUUUGUUCAGGGAUAGUAGAACGUAUAUAGACUUUAGCAUUAACUUUUCCAGCCAAGAGGGUUUCAAAGGAAUGUUAUAUAGAAUUUUCCUUAGUUCUUAACAUUGGAUUGCAAACUUGUCUGGGUCUUGAUGGUGAAAAUUGACUGUGUUCCUCGACCACCUUUUAGAAAAAUCCGCUCACAAGGAAAUUUACAAUUCAGUGGUCUGACUCUGAGCUGGUGUUAUGAACCUGCAGCCAAGGCUGGCCUUUGAGUAUGGAAGGGCAGGGUGGGGGAGCAAUUUGGCAGUGCAAUUUGAGACAAAAUGGAAGCCAUGAUUGAUUCUUCCAGCUGAACUCUGAUAAUCACACAUAAGCUUCCUUCCAGCCAUUCCUGUUGUCUCCUUAGUCAUACCUUAAAGCCUUCCUCUCACUAGCAGUAGAUUGUCCACGCCAUCUUUAUUUUUUGGGAGUUCAGCAAGAGUACAAACAAAAUAACUGUGGAUGUGUGAUUAUCCCAUAACAGUCUAGCCAAUUGUUCGUAUUUGUUUCCCUAGACCCAUAUAUCCGUAAGUCUGAAGUAGCCCUCAGGGAGAUCAACAAGUCCCAUUUGAGAAGCUGGAUGAGCUGUAGUCAUCGUGUGCUUCUCAAAGUUAGAACUCUGAGCAGCUUCAUGUGACCAUACUGACCUGAUGGUGCCAUCACAAAUUGUCCUUCAUGGUAUAGAAACGGAUCUUGUGAAUGCCCAGACAUUCUGUGACAUGUGUGCUAGAGAUUUUGCCUCCUGGAAAAGUUUAGCUAGGAGGUGAUGAGCUACAAGUCA